AUGACAGAAGAUUUUUUUAACCAUUCAAAAGAAUUAGCUUCAACCUGUGCUAGCGAAGCCCAUCUUGAAGCUAUUAAAUAUGCUGGUGAACUAGCCAAAGCUAACUAUGAAAAACAAAUGAAAAACCUAAAAGAUGAACUUGAUAAUAAUAAGACUAUAUUGCUCGACUUUGUCAGAAGAUUUGCUGAGGGAAAAGUGGAAAAUAUGAAAGAGCAAUUAGAGAAAAAUAAUUGA